AUGCCCCAAGAGCGGCUGUCCACAACGGUGUGGAGAUCUGAGAGGGUUAAGGUCAAGGACAGAGACAGAGCGGGCUUCAGCUGCAGGCGGCAAGGGGGGGCAGCGGGGAGAGAGGGGAGGUGGCCGCACGUACCGGGGUGUCAGACAGUGAAGCCUCCACCGCGACGGGCCAGUCACUUUUACAAGCAGCAUUGCUUCCCCGCCCCUCCGGCCCAUUUCCUAGAGCGCGAGCUGAGCAGUCACCCUCCACGCCCCAGAGGGAGCGCGUCGCAGGCCCCGGGCCGCGGGGAGGACCGGCCCGAGGCGGCGUCGGGCGGCUUCCGGCGGCUGACCCCGAGCUGCUCCCUCCCGCCCGCAGACCUCGCCCCGCCCCCUCGGCCACCGCCCCCCGCGGGUCGGGCCCAGCGCCCCCGCCCCCCUCGCCCGGCCCCACCCCGGCUCCGCCCCUCGGCCGGUGGCCCCCACGGCGACAGUGGGAGGAGCGCGGAGGCGGCGGCUGGAACCGAGCAGCGCACGGGAGCGCGCCCCGCAGCCUGCUUCCCGGCCUCAGGUCAGAGCCCGCCGUGCAGUCCGCGUCCUAGUGGGGUUCUCAGGCCUUUUGCAAUAUGCAGAUUAUUCCCCCUGGCUCAGGAAUCAUCCACCAGGCAAGUCUACAUGCCAUCCAUCAGGCCUGAGCAGAGCAGGAGGGGAAGAGCAGGAAGUCAGACUGAAGUUGAAUCUUGGCCUUGGCGAGCCCUGGGUAUAGUAACAGUAGAUGGAGGUCGGGUCAGGAGGCGCUCCAGAGGGGCAGGUUUCAGCACUGACAGCGCAGCUGCAGGGAUCUUGGAGGCAACGCCUGGCAGUGCUUCUGAGUCCCGCUGCCCCAGCGACGGCCCCAGUACCUGGGACUUGUCCCUCUGGCCCUGCGCCCAACGUCUGAUCCAGCCCAUUGGACUUGUACACCUGCUUCUUCUCUGACCUCUGGAUUUGUGAAAGAUAAUCUCAGGACACCGUCAGCUCAACAGUUACAGAACUACUGUAGUCACAUCUUCAGGAAUUGCUUGCUUUUUAAGGAUGAAAAUGCUGGAGGCAAACACUGUUUAACAGGCAAGCCUCCUGUGGCAAUAUUUGGAGCUGCACCCUGGUGGAUUUGGAUUACAGACAGCCCAUACGAUGUCUCAUCCAACAUUUCAAGGAGAACUUAAGCUAUAUUCCCUAGAACGUAAUGGGACAUUUGUAUUUAUCUAAAUAAGACUUCCCAGCAUAUAACGCAGCUGCCUUGAAGCAUGAUUGCACCAACACCAUGCUCAUGUUAGGUUUAUACCAAGAAGACCGCCAAAGGACAUGAAGACAUUCUGCAGUGGCUACAGACUCCAGGACUCCUGGAAAAACCACAUGUGGUUUUGUAUUAAGUUUCGAAGGAAUGGUGUUGAUUCUUGGAACCAAAUGUUUUAUUUUAUUUUAUUUUAUUUGGGGUAAUUAUGUUUGUUUGUUUGUUUGUUUGUUUGUUUCUUUCUUUCUUUCUUUCUUUCUUUCUUUAUGGUGGGGGUGCUGGGGAUUGAACCCAGAACCUUGAUGCAUGCCAAGCAAGUGCUCUGCCACUGAGCUAUACCUUCCCGCCCCCCAAAAAUUGUAUGUCCCAUUGUCAUAAUUAAGUCUUCUGUGUAGAAUGAAUAGAAUGUAAAAUCUAUACAGCUUUAAACUUCCUAAAGGUUGAAUUUGCAUCUGUUUUACACUUAUAUUUUUGCAGUUAAUUUAUUUGUCAACAAUAGUAAUUUUGUUUAACUUUUUUGUCCUGUUUGUGGUAAACUCCAGAGGCAUGGAGAUCUUAACAUUUCUACAGUAAACUGUGCAGUUUACUUUACACUUUUCAUUUAGGCCUGCGAGAAACAUUUUCUCAGAAAUGCUGAUUAGCUACUUAGCCAAGAUUUUGUCGUUUAGAGAUCUUCCCUGUUUUAUUUUGUAAUGACAGCUGUUAUGAGAUUGUCUCUGUUGAUCAGUGGAUGACUAUAAACAAAGCAGAAACAAUUGGCUCCUAAGGGUAACGCCACUCACUUUUCACCAUCUACUUGCUCUGUCUUAGCUCUACUAGUAAUAUAAUGUUUUAAGGCUUUCUUGUAGAAGAUUCUUAAAGGUAGUUCUCUACAGAUAUUUAUACAUUCUCUUUGAAUGUGCUUAUGAUCAAUGUCAGAGGAAAAAUUUUUAUUUGUUAUAAAACAUAAGCAACAGCUAUUAAAAUUGAAAGCUAAGUAGUUUUUCCCAAAAUAGUGGUUUCUAAAAUUGCCGGGGUGGAUUUUGAGAAACAGCUUUCCUAUGUCCUGCCCCAGACAUACUAAAUCACAAACUGUAAGGCCUCAGAAUCAUAAAAAAACCCAAAACCAAACAAACAAAAGCCCUUCCCAGUUUAGGGAGCCAUUGUUUUAAAACGGGUGGUGCUACCAAAUUUGCCAGAGUAACAGAUCUUUAGGUGUUCAUUCUUGUGUAUUCAGAGGUCAAAAUUCUAGACUCUGGGAGAAGCAAACUGAGGAUCAGGUCCUACUAAUUAGGAGAUAAAGCAGCAAAUUAAAAACAAAGCAAAAUGACUACAAAAUCGUCAAGUUAAUUGAACAAUUUGAAUCAUAAAUGUACAAGUCCUCAGAAAUGUAUAUAUUUUAUGUAACUUACAAAUUAUAGUAAAUCCAGCUAUUUUAAUCAAGAACAAGUCAAAACUGGUCACCAUAAUUCUUUGCAUUGGUAUGGUGAUUUGUUGUUUAAAUAUACUUUGAUAAAUAGAAUCUCUUUUGUCUUCAAAACUGAGAGAGAGACAAGGAAGUGUCUGGUAUUCUCAUUUUGAGACUCAGAGUUCUUCCCAUGACUGCAGAGAAUUGGAGCCACGGCACAGAAGUCCCUGCAUGCUAAUCCAGUCAAUCAGAGCCCAAAUUUGAGAGGCAGAGUUUAGGAGGUUGCAUUAUCAGUUAUCUCAUGUUAUUUUAGGGUGAAUGGAAGGAUAUAAUGCAUUUAUUGUAAAAGUAAAGCUUUACAACUUAAAGGGGAGCUUUAUGUAUCUAGAAACUCUCAUUCCUCAAAGGAUUACUUAAGAGAACAAUGCUACAUCAAUGUUUAGGUUGGGAGGGAUAUUAAAGUUCAUUUAGUGUAGUUCUCUAAUUUUAUAGAUGAAGACCAUAAGACUCAAGAGACUUGUAGAGUUUGCCUAGUGAUUCAAAGCUAAUCUGACCAAUUUUGGCAAAAAAGGACAUCUUUCCUAAGUUCCAUAAUUAUGGAUUUGUUAAAAAUAGUAAACUACAUUGGUGAGUGAGUUAUGUUAGUUCAAUUUGCUAAUAUGUUUAACUUUAAAUUUCACUUUUCUUGCAACAUAAAAUAUUUUGUAAUGCUUUAAAACAAAGUAACCUCUUUAUUCCCUAAAUAAGUUAUUGUAAAACUGUGAUAAAAUUGAUAACUUUAUAUCUAAGGGACUUCACUCUCACUCAAAUUACAAGUUCGCUCUCUUUAUUUGAACACUGAUAAUGGCAUUUUCAAAGGAGCAGCAAAAGUAUAAUAUUUUCUUUUAGUUUCUUUGUAAAGUUUAACCGUUUUUACUUUGCUAUUAUGGUAAUAGCUAGAAAAUUACAUAAAACAAUAUUUUGAGGGCGCGUUCUCCUAGUUGAUUUAAAUCACUGUGCUAACUGAAAAGUUUAAUAUUUCAAAAACUCCACAAGUUACUACAUCGAUCAGUAUCUGAUUCAUGCAUUGUGGAUAUAAAAAUGUAUUUAAGGAGAGAAAAUUGAUUCUAUGUGCGUCUUAUAAUCUGAGAAGUUAGUGAAUGUGGCAAUAUUUUAAAGGAGGGGGUAGAAAAAAAUGUUCUGCUUUAUAAUCAAAAUGCUGUCUUCCUACUAUGAGGUCAUUAUAUUCUGGCACUGUGAAAUUCUUACAUAAAGAUGUUAAAGUGGAAGUAAACCCAUAAUCGUUUAUAAAA